AUGUCGAACAAAACAUAUUCGGAUUUGCUUUGUGAGACUUCAGAACUCAUUGUAGAAGCAACACAAGCAGACGAAGCGGUCUUUGAAGCGGGUGCAGCUGAUCGUCAAGCGCUGCAGCCGCUCUUAUCAGAAUUGAGGAUACGCUACACCGUACUUAUGGCGAGGUUGGACGCCGUGUAUGAUCAAAUGCUGCAGCCACAAAAGCGUUUGAUUGUCAAAAGGUUACUCGAAGCGUGCAUGGGAAGGCUGAUAGAGAUCAAACACGAUUUAGUUGAAAUCAACAUGUCGGACUAUACUUACGACGACGAUGAAUCGCUUCUUAAGCUGCAAGUAACACCAUACGAAGCGGAACCUGUCGUGCCUCAGUAUUUCAUUAGGGAGAGGGAGCAAGAGGUAGAAAGUCGGCGACAAUUUAUCAUAGACACCUUGACAAAACUAGGCCACGAACCACCCAAACCUCAACCUCUAGUAUUGACAGAGCAACAAGCAGUACUCAUAAUACAAAGCCACGAGAGAGCGCGGCAAGGACGAUUGAGGGGUCAAUUUAUGAAAGAAAUCCGGCUGCUAAAGGAAAAAGGAAGAGACCAGAAAGGAGAAAUGUCAGCAACCGCAGCGACGGCCAUACAAAGGGUAUGGCGAGGAUUUAUAGCAAGGAGGGAGACGAGGAGGAGAAAACUAGACGAACAGCUAUUGAUAGGAAUGGAAUUACCGCCAUACACAGAAUCACAAGAGCUGCAACGAGCUGAUGAGGUGAAAGAAUAUCGUCGUAAGCUUCAAAAGGAAAGAGAGGAAGAAUACAGAAAAGCUUUAAAUACCAUUGAAGAAUUUAUACGAUCAAAAAAUGGGACUAAAAUAAACGAGCAAAUAGGUGACGAACUUCGUAGGUGGAUAACAGAAUACUAUGAAAGAACUGAGAGGUUGCCAGAAUUCCCUUCUGAAGAAGGUGGCGGUAGUCGAGCCAUGUACAGCAGACAGGGCACAGGUAUGGAUAGUGAAUUAAGUAAGAUGUCACCAGUAUCUUCCAAAGAUUCAAAACGCAGUAAGGAAAGCAAAGACAAAAAGAGUAGCAAAAAUGGCGAUAAUAAUAAACCAAAAGAGGAGCCAGAAGAUUUAAACAUUUAUCAAUGUUCCAGUUCAUGUUUUCUGCAGGACAUUGUCAAUGCUAAUGAAGAGUUUGAAGAUAUUUGGAAAUUCAAAGACGAUAUUGAUAAUCCCCAUGAACGCUACUACAAAGACAUGAUAGAAAGAGAGAAAAUGGUGAAAAUAGAGCAAGAAAUACGUAAUAUAGUAGACGAGAUGAUGAGAAAUGAGUUAGAGCUGCUGCAAGCAGCUUUUAACCGAGACAUGGCAGCAAAAGGCAAGAAAGUGAAAAAGCAGCAAAAGAAAGUGCGACGUGGAGGCAAGAAAAGCAAAAAGAAGAAGGAAAAGGAUUUAACACCAGACAGAACUACGGAAUCUCUUUUUGAAGAGUUAGUAUCAAAUGGAAUUAUAAAGCCUUAUCCCUUAGUAAAAAUAGACGAUUUCAUUGGAGAGAAAGGUUAUCUUGGUUCUCAGUUUAGAAACGAGGGUCGAGAUCCUUCCCCCUGCCUUGGUGAUGUAAGGCAAUUGAUAAAAGAGUAUUGUAUUUUACCUCUGGGGUCAGAACAUGUUCGUACUAAUGCACCUUUGAUUAGAUCCGUUCUUAUAUCUGGUCCAUCGGGCAGUGGUAAAAAGAUGUUGGUUCAUGCCAUCUGUAGCGAAACUGGCGCUAUGUUAUUUGAUUUGACACCUGCGAAUAUAGUUGGGAAAUAUCCAGGAAAGACAGGAUUGAUAAUGUUGAUACAUCUGGUUAUUAAAGUAUCUAGGCUCCUGCAGCCAUCAGUGAUCUGGAUGGAUGAGGCUGAUAAACCAUUUGUCAAGAAGAUACCAAAGACAGAUAAAACGGAUCCAAAGAGGUUGAAGAAGGAUUUAGUGAAGAUCAUAAAAGGUAUUUACCCAGAAGACCGCGUCAUAUUUGUGGGAACCUCAAAAACACCCUGGGAGGCAGAACAAAAGCUACUUGUUCAGUGUUAUAAUAAAUUCAUUCAGAUACCAAGAGCUGAUUACGGUAGCAUAUCUAUAAUGUGGAGAACAAGAUUACACAAAGCUGGAGCUCUAUCUCCUAGACUAGAUCUCUCAUGUCUGUCGAGAGUUUCUGAUUCAUAUACCAUAGGCACUUUAUUGACUGCUUUAAACGAUGUAUUGACAACGAAGAGACGCUUACAGCUGCGAAUACGUGCACUAACAGCACAAGAAGUUGCUGUCCAACUAAGUUACAGGGAGCCUGUUUACGCGGAGCAGGAUGCGGCAGCCGAAUCGUGGUGGUUGAAGACACCGAUGGAGAAAAAACGACAAAAGAUAAUGCAGAGAAUACAAGAACUCCAGCAAGAAGCAGAAGAGAAGGCUGCUGCAAAAUAAGACAAUACAAACAUUUUCACUAUUUCAUAUAUAAGUGACAGUUAAAAAAUAAAAGGACGGGUUGCACUCCGGGAGUGCCGGCAGAAGUGGAAAGUUGAAUAUUAACGUUGUGCAUUUUGAAAUUUUGGAAUGGUUAGGGAAUAAUUUUGCACGAAUUACUUUAAUUAUCAGUAUAAAAAUACUAUCAUUUAUGUGGUAGAAUACAAUAUUUAUUCAUUGCGCUAUCGUACACAAACAUGACAAUUUAUAUUACAUUAA